CAUCGUCGCUGGCUGGCUGGCUGGCUGGCUGGCUGGCUGAAGUUGGUCGUGGCCUGCUCAGUUUCGGCUUAUGUUUCGCGCGGUUCACACCGGUGUACGGGUGACGUUCGCUGCUCUCGCUCUCGCUGUGUGUGCGGCACACCACUGCCACUGACGACGACGACGGCACGGUACGUGUGCGUGUGUUUCUCAAAUGCUUUUCGGGUCCCGUUUGUGGUCCGUGCCUUUGCCGUUGUUGGGUCAGUGAAGGAAAGUGAAAAAAAAAACGCGUGCUGGUCGCGGAAAAAAACGGUUGAAUGUUGGGAAUACAAUACUGAAUAGUGUGCUACUGAAUGGUUUGGGUGUGUGUUUUGUGACAACCGCCCCCCUUUCUGCCCAGUGCAGAAUGCACCCCUGUUGAUGCUAGAGGAGGGUGGCAAAGGUGGAAGCAUGUGAAUUGAAGCUUAAAGUGUUGUGCAUUCAGUGAAAUGAUUUAAUUAAAAUAAAAUUAAGAUGUAAAAUAAUAAAUAAAUAUCGAAAAGUAAUCAAUAAUAAGAAAGAUUCCAUUAAAAAAAGUGAAAGAUAUUAAGAAAAGUGUAAAAUAGUGGCAAAGUGGUGAAUUUUUCAAAUCUAAUUUCCAGCAAAAUCUGUAUAUUUGCUUCAUUUUACAAAAAUACUAAGUGCUUGUGAAUGAUUAAAUAAAAUCCAUUCGUGUGUUGUGAGUUUGCGAAAAUUACAAAAAUAUAAUUGAAAAGCUUAAAACAGCCCGAAACGUGAAAAAAGUGCACAGCAAAACGUGUAGCUGUGUAUCAUUGCUGUAGAGGGAAUUAUUAAACAAUUCAUCAUACACAAAAAAGCAUAACCAUCUGUCAGCCAGCAUCAACCAUUCGCAUCCAAUGUUAAGAAAUGACUAGUUCCGGUAUCAUCGUCCCGAAACUGAGCUCUUCAUACGCAUCCACCAGCUAGAAAGAGCGCGGAAGGACCAUUGCCUGCCUGCCUGCCUGAACGUAAUUGAUCGCUUCGGACAUCGUCAUAUUCAGUCGUCUCCUCUGCCCCGUGCAUUCAGUGUGCUACCGGAAGUAGAUAGAGUGUGUGAGUGCGUGAGUGUGUGUGUGUGUGUGAUUAGAUGGCAGUGUAAGUGCAUGGUAUUGUGUCUAUCAUCGGCAUCGAUUCAGCUCCAUCACGAGCGGAGUGAAUCCGAUUCGAAGGAAACGGUGAAACGAGAGUGCAAGGCAACGUAGCCACACAAAAAAACGAGCGCGUGUGAUUUCAGGAGGAGCAUCCAUUCCCCUUGGCCACCCGGGAAACGGUUCGGUCUGUGUUUUUUUCACGACUUUUGAAUGCGAACAUGGCAGCGGUACGGUCGCCGGCAGUGCUGGUAAAUGCCUGCACGACGUGGUGGGCACGGUUCGCGCUGGUGCUGCUGCUAAUGCAGCAAACAUUUCACGGCGUCCAAACGCUCGAUCUAGAGAAAUGCAAAAACCCAUUAGGCAUGGAAUCGUUCGCGAUUAAUGACUCACAAAUAACGGCCAGCUCGGCACACGACAUCGGCAACGUAGGACCACAGCAUGCCAGAUUAAAAGUGGACAACAAUGGAGGCGCCUGGUGUCCAAAGCACAUGGUGUCCCGCGGCCUGAAGGAGUAUCUGCAGAUUGAUCUGCUGAAAAUGCACGUCAUCACGGCGAUCAAAACACAGGGCCGGUUCGGGAAGGGUCAGGGCCGAGAGUACACGGAAGCGUACGCGCUCGAGUACUGGCGACCGGGCUUCACCAAGUGGAAGCGGUGGAAAAACACGCGCGACAAUGAGAUCCUUUCGGGCAACAUCAACACCUACAGCGAGGUCGAGCAGGCGCUGCAACCAAUUAUAUUCGCCUCGAAAAUUCGCAUCUACCCGUACAGCCAGUACGAUCGGACGGUUUGCCUGCGCGCCGAAAUCAUCGGAUGCGAGUGGGAAGAGGGUCUCAUCUCGUACAGCAUCCCGAAAGGUGUCAUUCGAGGCGUGGAGGUAGACCUCUCCGACCGCACGUACGACGGCGAGGGCGAAGGCGAUCGGCUUGUCCACGGGCUCGGCCAGCUGGUGGACGGUCAGAAAGGUGCGGACAACUUUCGCAUCGAUAUCCACGGCUUCGGUAAAGGGUACGACUGGGUCGGUUGGCGUAAUGAUUCACUCGGCUGGGCCGGCAAACCGGUCGAGAUGGUGUUCGAGUUUGACUCGGUCCGUAACUUUAGCUCCAUGGUGCUGCACACCAACAACAUGUUCAGCAAGGAUGUACAGGUUUUUGUGCACGCGAAAGUGUUCUUCAGCAUCGGUGGACAGCACUUUACCGGUGAGCCGGUCCAGUUUUCCUACAUGCCGGACACGGUCAUGGAAAAUGCACGUGACGUCACGAUCAAGCUACACCACCGGGUAGGUCGGUACGUGCAGAUCCAUCUCUACUUUGCGCUGCGCUGGAUCAUGCUGAGUGAAAUAUCGUUCAACUCUGCACCAGUGACGGGCAACUUCUCCGACGAAGAAGUCAACGGCAACUCGAUCUCGCAGGAAAACUCCAUCGAGUAUCCGCUGCAGCGCGACGAAUCGGGCAUAAACAUCGUCAACAAGGGCGAACGGAACCACGUGACGCAAAUUAUCUCCCCGAAACCGAUCGAUCAGGAACCGGAGCCACACUUUGUCGGUGUGGUGAUAGCGGCCCUGACCACCAUCAUCCUGCUGCUGAUCGUCAUCAUCAUGUUCAUCGUGGCGAAGAACAAGCGCACCCGGACCGCGGCCGUGCUCGACGCGCUGCAGCACAAUUUGCAUACGGACAGUUUGGGCAUCGAUAAGCGUCUGAACAGCAAUUUUAAGGUAUCGAUAGACGAUAAUGAAUCGAUUGAUAAGAGCAGCCUCUAUCACGAACCGUUCAAUGUAAAUAUGUACACCAGUGCCGCCAGCGGAUGCUCGAUGAGCGACAUGCAGCGCCAUCACAUCACACCGGACUAUACAGACGUUCCCGAUAUCGUGUGCCAGGAGUAUGCCGUGCCGCACAUGCAGGACCUCAUACCGAAGAUACCCGGCGGGUACGUGAGCGUGCGGCUGACGCCACCGACGCUGAACAACAUCUUCCCGAAGCCACCGCCCGUGCCGCCCCCGCCCGAGAAGUACUACGCCGCGACGGCCAUCUGCAAAUCGUCCACCACCCCAACGACACCGUCGAACCAGCAGCAGCAGCAGCAGCAGCAGCAACUGAACGCCUACAGCGACCUCGAUCUUGGCGUGUCCGAUGACGAUCUGCAGCUGAGCGAGUACCCGCGCGACAAGCUGGUGAUAGUGGAGAAGCUCGGCUGCGGUGCGUUCGGCGAGCUGCACCUGUGCGAAACGAAAGGAUACAGCACGAAUCUGGUGGCCGUGUCGACGCUGCGGCCAGGUGCAUCCGAUCACAUGAAGAAGGAGUUCCGCUCGAAGGCGAAGCAGCUCAGCCGACUGAACGAUCCGAACAUUGUGAAGCUGCUCGGGGCCUGCCUGAAGGACGAACCGAUCUGCAUCGUGCUCGACUACAAGUUCAGCACCGAUCUGAACCAGUUCCUGCAGGAGCACACGGCGGAAACGGGCUCGCUGGUGCAGCACAAUUCCUUGAGCUACGGGUGUUUAAUUUACAUUGCCACUCAGAUAGCCUCCGGAAUGAAAUACCUAGAACAGAUGAAUGUAGUGCACCGUGACUUAGCAACAAGGAGUUGCUUAGUUGGACCACAGCUGGAGAUUAAAAUCUGCACACUAGGAACUGUGAUAAAUCGCAUAGCAUAUCCUGCUGACUACUGCCACCUCGAAGGUGCCGGAAGACAAUCACAACCAAUGCCGAUUCGGUGGAUGGCCUGGGAGAGCGUACUGAUGGGCAAGUUCACCUCCAAGUCGGACGUGUGGUCGUUCGCUGUAACGCUGUGGGAAAUUUUGACCUUCGCCCGGGAGCAACCGUUCGAGAAUCUGAGCGACGACAAGGUGAUCGAGAACAUCGGUCACAUGUACCAGGACAACAAGAAACACAUUCUGCUUCCAAUUCCUGUCGGCUGCCCGCGAGAAAUCUUCGACCUGAUGUGCGAAUGCUGGCAGCGUAACGAGGCGAGCCGGCCAAACUUCCGCGAAAUUCAUCUGUUCCUGCAGCGGAAAAAUCUAGGUGAGUAUUUUCACCACCUGUAAAAUUGGAUUUAAAACAAAAAUGCGACCGAGCAAUCGAAAGUAAAACAAUGCUCUUUUUUUCUAUUCCUUUCGUGAUGAACACGAAAUGACCCUACCCCCGCGACUCACUGCACACCCAUACAUUGCACCUUCCAAACCCCAAAACACACAAACAAUUCCAUGAAAUCCACGCAGCCCAACCGCACACCGUUCUAGCUGAUCCAGUCCGGCUGAUGACGGCCAAGCGGACGAAAACGCUGACCCGAAAUUAGUGCAACCGGUCGGAAUAAAGCCCCAGCUGUUUGAGUGAAAGUCUUUCAAAAUCUUUAACCCCCGUUCCCCCGGGCCGGCAAGCAAAGGGGCAAGCUACCUGGUGCAACAAAGUCGCGAUGCUCACACAGACACACGGUGUACACGGUGUAACAACACUCAAGACACAAACACACACACACACGUACGAACGGAUUCAAACGACUAAGAAAUGUGAUUUUAAUACGACCACGCGUGGCCAGUGGGUGGGCCAGAGGAAGCAAAAGCAUACGGUAAACGAUGGACGGCUCAACACUAGUGAUAAUCUGCUGUAGUAGUGUUGUGUGCUUUAGGCUGAAAUCACAUCGAGCAUAAUAAUGUCGAACAGGGAAACAAAUCAUAUCGAACGCAACGCGCGGCACACUCGAACUCGCAGAAGCGUGCAGGUGGUGGACGUAGCAAGGUGGUAGUAGCAAGCGCGGAAACAUUGUGAAUAUGUUUUAAGGGUGCCAGGAGGAACAACUAUCGAUCCCACCUAAAACGUAAAUUUGAAAUUGGGAGCACACGAAAUUCGCACGACAAAACCGUGGACGAUUCCCCUCGGCUGAUCAAGCAUCCUGCAUGAAGGUAUGUGCGUUUAGUACAUUCGUUUCUAUUAAUCGCAUAAGAAACUGCAAACGAACUGGAUUAUUCGGUAUUAUUCAUUACUU